AAAACAGGAGAGAGAGAAAGAGAGAAAGACGUAGGAAGGGAGGGAGGGAGAAAGAGAGACAGAUGCUGUCCAGAGCAGCCGGAAGAGGUGCAACAGGGCGAGGUUCAGGAGGAGAGAAGAGUGCCCAUCCCAACAUGUGGAUGCAGGACAGCAGCGCUCAGAAAUGAACACCAUGCUAAGUCCCAAAAUCAGACAGUCUAGGAGAGCGAGGUCUAAGAGCAUGGUCAUGGGGGAACUGUCCCGUGGGUCCAGCAGGCCAUCGUCCCCAAGCCUCCAAGAGCAGGUAGUGAAGGCCGGCUGGCUGAAGAAACAGCGCAGCAUCAUGAAGAACUGGCAACUGCGCUGGUUUGUGCUCCGAACCGACCACCUCUACUUCUACAAGGAUGAGGAGGAAACCAAACCACAGGGAUGUAUCCCGUUGCAGGGUAGUCAAGUCAACGAGCUGACAGCCAAUCCUGAUGAACCCGGGCGGCAUCUUUUUGAAAUAGUUCCAGGCUGUACAGGAGAGAAGGACAGAUCGGCUCUCAGCCAUGAAGCUUUCCUGCUUAUGGCAAACUCCCAGAAUGACAUGGAGGAUUGGGUCAAAGCCAUCAGACGUGUCAUCUGGGCUCCCUUUGGAGGAGGAAUUUUUGGUCAGCAUCUGGAAGACACAAUACAGUAUGAGAGGAAGUUUGGACCUCGACUGGCCCCUCUGUUGGUGGAGCAGUGUGUGGAUUUUAUACGGGAACAGGGUCUGAAAGAGGAGGGUCUCUUUAGGAUGCCAGGACAGGCCAACCUGGUCAAAGAACUUCAAGAUGCUUUUGACUGUGGAGAUAAGCCUCUGUUUGACAGUAACACUGACGUUCACACAGUGGCAUCUCUACUGAAACUCUACCUCAGAGAGCUGCCCGAGCCUGUCAUCCCCUUUAACAAAUAUGAGGACUUUUUAACUUGUGCACAGCUUCUGCUUAAAGAUGAAGAAAUGGUGAGUGCGCUGCAAGUCUUUCAGAUUAGAUUUCAUAAAUUCUCACUGCAUUUUCCCACCAAAAACCUUGUUUUCUGGAUUUCUAAUUAUGUUCUUGUGUGUGUCCUAAAGGGGCUCGGUGAGCUUGUGAAGCAGGUCAGCACUCUUCCUCAGGCUAAUUAUAAUUUGUUAAAGUACAUUUGCAAAUUCUUAGAUGAGGUGCAAUCACACUCGAAUGAGAACAAGAUGAGCGUUCAGAACCUUGCAACAGUUUUUGGACCAAAUAUCCUUCGGCCUAAAAUAGAGGACCCUGUUUCAAUGAUGGAAGGAACCACCCAGGUGCAACAACUAAUGACGGUGUUGAUCAGUGAACAUGAACGUCUGUAUGUGGGAAACGAGAGAGAUGUGUCUUCUGAACAGACUGGAAGUUGUCUUCGAGGCCAGCGUGGCAUGGUAGAGUGGAUUUCUGAUGAGGAAUUGCUGAACUGCUCGUCGCCGAGUCAGAUAUCCAAAGUGGUAGAAAGUGUAUCUGGCAGUGCCACGUCUUUAGAUGUCAAUACGGGUGCUCCCACCACUGCCAAAAUGACACCUCAGGGAAAAGUCGGACUGACAGUCAGCCCUAGCAAACAAGCGAAAUCCCUCCCAUCCUGGAAAUACUCCUUCAAGAGCGGAGGGGUACGAGCUCAGCCUGCGAAAAUCGGAGGCUCGUCUGUAGAUGUGUCCACUUUGCCCAGUACAGGCAACUGGUUCAUGAACGGCAUUUCUUCAUUGCGCAGCCACCGGCGUACGUCAUCAGGAGAGCGCAUGGGCAAGGAUUCAGCCUUAUCGCAUCGUCUGUCCACUUAUGACAAUGUAACCUCAUCCAGUCUUAGUGUUCCCAGCGUCGCCAGUACACCCUGGUCCACAUCCUCGUGUGAGAUCCUAGUGGGCGACUCUGUGGGCAGUGACCCCUCAGGACUGAACUCCGUUAAGGACUGGUCUGUCCAAGGGCAAAGUGAAGACAGGAGUUCAGAGGUCACGGAGAGCAGCGAGGCACUGGAAAUGUGUGUGAGUAGCGCUGGAUGCAGCGAGAAUGGAAAUGUUGAAGAUAAGGGGAACGUCACAGGAGAUAAUGACACUAGCACGACAGCACUUAACAGCCUGGUAGCAGAGCUGAAAGGCGAGUUGAAGAAACAGAAGGCCAACUAUGAAUCAAGAAUACGAAGGCUAGAGGAAUCAAGUGUCACUUUGCACAAGCAAAUGGAGAGGCUGGAAGAGGAGAUGGACCAGGAGAAGAAGAAGUAUCGCAUGUUGGAAAUUAAACUGCGCAAUUCUGAACGUGCUCGCGAGGACGCAGAGACCCGCAACCGCUUGCUUCAGAAUGAGAUGGAGGAAUUCUUCUCCACUCUGGGGGAUCUUACACUGGGAACAAGAACAAGCAAAAUUUGACUGGCAGCCCUGCUUAUUUAACUCUGAGAGACUUCUGUGUUUGUUGUAGAUAGAAUUUCAAAAUCUCGUUGCUCAUGCAUCAUGGGUACUCAGAGGUCAUUUUGUGCCGUUUUAUUUUUUUUAACGGCAAUUUGAUUAUGUGUAGCAUUUUCACCUUUCUCUCUGAUCCUCAGACUUACAGUUUUAAAUGGAUAGUUCACACAAAAAUACAAAUCCUCUGAUUAUUUAAACUUUGUUCUCAAGCCAUAAACUGUUUUGUCUGCAAAAAAACCAAACAAACAGAAAAAUUAAUUUUGUGUGAAAAACAAAUGUAAAAAAAAUCGGACAACUUGCCCCUGUUAUUUGUAAAUAAUAACAAGUUAUUUUGGGGUGAACUAUUCCUUUAAGGUUCAGUCCAGUUAUUACACUGAAAAUAAAAUAAUUGGAUUUACUCAUUUUUGGGGGGUAAGUGGUUGCAAACAAUUUAUACUGGUUGAAUGUAAACAAACAAAUAGACCCUUUUCAGUAAGGGAAGUUGUCAGUGUUGCCAGAUGGGGCGGUUUUGAAUUUGAUUGUGCUGGUGCAAAAAGGCAUAGGCGGAUUGACAAAAUUUGGGCGGUUUUGGGACGUAAAUUUUAUAUGCAACUUAUUCAACAAAACCUAACCGUGUGCUCCUACUCCAUUCAGUUUAUAUAGUGACCAGUGCAUAGUGCAAACCAUGUAGGCCCACAAAUAAGAGGUGAAGGAAAGUUGUAUCAAAAUUUGACUCCCCUUCGCAUGCACCGCAUCACACAUCGCCUGCAGUAAAACCCACAAGGGUUUAAUCAUGACACUUCAAUCGAUAAUUUUUUUCACAGUUGACAGCAAGAACAAACAUAGAAGCUUUGUCUGGUUGACAAGCAGCACCAAAUUAAGUUCAAGAGAAUUAUAAACGCUAAAUAGGAAGAAUUUAUACAACAUUUCAAAAGUAAAACAUACGUUAACAUUAAGUGCAGUGUGCGGGUGAGAGGGGGCAGUGUUUCGAUGACACCUGGUUAUGUGGUUCUGUGACUGCUUGCGUUGGUUGCUGUAUGUUUUUAAAUUAUGACAGUUAAAGUAACUAGGUUAAUUUUGGUUAAAAUAAAUUAAUUAAAUAUGAUUAUAAAAAAUUGGGCGGUUUUUUUGAGUGUUUUAGAGGGUUUGGGACAGUUUUUGGGCCAGAAAAAGUCAGCUAUAUCUGGCAACACUGGAAGUCGUCAAAGUUGAGUAAACUUAGAGUGCAGUGAAUCGGGGAGUUCAAUUUUUUUACAACCCUAUUUGCUGAAAUAAUAAAAGAAGAACUCCACGAUGGUGUUAUCAAGACUUUCAAAAAAAGGAAAAAAAAAUGUUUACGGAUGUUUACAUGUGUGGAGUCCCGUGAAGGAGCUCCGGAUGGAGAUCUGUUGUUUUGUGUUUACCUUAUGAUUAAAGUUGUUGCACGUCCGCCGGUUCCCGCCUCAAAGUAAGCGAAUUUGAGCCACUUGAACAUUAAGGAAGCGUUCAGAAAAAAAACAAAACACCAGCGAAGAAACUCGACACAGAGGAACAUAAACACCUACUGCCAGCUAGCGUUUCGGAAGUGUAUUGCAGAGCAACAGAAACAGCACGCAGAAGUAUAAAUGCAUGGCUACGUGCAAGGCUUGCGCUGUAGGUCACGCCGACCACUUGAUGCAGAAGUAUAAACCAGGCUUAAAAAGCAUUGGAUGCAGCUCAGAUUGCGCUGCACCAGGUCUGCAUCCAGACCCCCUCGGUUUGUGAGCACAAUUUAGUGCACACAGCAUGUCAUAUCAUCUGAUAAUUGUAAAAAAUAAUUACAAAAGGCAACUGACUGUUCAAAGCCACAUAAAACAAAAGUAAAAUAUGAUGUAUAUGCCGAGUUGAGCGGCUAAUCAAAUCAGUUUCAGUUACUUCUGUAUUUGCUUCACGAGGGAGAGCGGGAGGUUGCCGCUUGGUCAUAACAGUCUUGUGAAAACUGUCCACUCUUAAGCCUGUUUCACACCGCAAGCGUCAGCAGCGCGUGUUUUUUCGGCGUCCAUGUUAGCCAGCGCCGGGACGAGGACGCACUGGGGUGCUGUUUUUUCACAUGUCAGUAUUUAUGAAUAGAUUACACCAAAAAGAACACGAGUAAUCUUGACAAACUAUACAUCAGUCUAAAGCUACAACCCUCAAGCAGCCAAUACUGCAAAUUGUUUUUCAAUGGGAAGCUUAUGAAAGAAUGUAUUUGCUAAAUUUGUGCACAAAACGCGUAUUAGAUAUGGAAUAUCAUCGUCAUGACAAGACACACGCAUUCACUGAUGUACAUCACGGUUUAUUUUGAAAGGUAGGAGUCCACAGUACACCACAUGCAACACAUUUAGUCCAACGACACAAUAGUUUUGAAUUAUGGAUGGUUAUUUAAGUCACCGUUUCUGCCGGAGACCUGUUGUUUACAUUGUUUACCAUGUUACUUACACGCGAAAAAGGUGUCUUUGUAGUAAAAAGCAAGUCAAUGUCAUAGCUUACAGUGUUACAGAUAAAAUGAGCUGUUGAACAUUGCUAAUUGUUGUUUAAAUUCAGCCCAUAUAAAUUGUUUGCAACCAGUUACCUCAAAUAAAUUUAGUAAAUCCAUUUCUUUAAUGUAGUAGUCAUCACUUGCAUAAGCUGAAAAUACCAAAGCAUGACUUUUCUGACUGUUUUGCGAUAUUGGCAGUUCGUGGUAAUGGCAUUUCCUGUUAAUGCAUGGUAAGAAAGUAGUCCUGCUGAGGUUUUGAUGAAUUUGUCACACAGUCAUUACCAUACACAAGCUGCAUCUUAUCACACUGUGCCUCACACUACCAGACAUAGACAUCAAGUCACACAGGCUCAUAUAGAUUACAAACUUCACCAACUCGUUUCAGCAAGUCCCUUUAUUGUAAGUAGAAUGCACUAUGGGAUAAAAUACUUUUUCAAAAAUAGAUGUGGUGACACCAUCCCAAGUGUACAAUAUUUUAAGUUAAACUGUACUUCAGCCACAAGAUUUCCAAGGCUAGGAUUUAUUUAAGCUUAUUAAUGAACUAUUUCUCAGGUGGUGUUUUUUUACACUCGACGAUGGAUGAGUGUCUUUAUAUAAGAUAGACGAUGGAACUAAAGCUGACAUAUACUUGAAUGUGUUUUAUUUCAAUAUGCACAUAUGUUAUCGUUUUGUUUUUUGAUUGAUUGCUGAAUGCAGAAAGUGCCAAAGUAGAGGUUUCCAAAUAAAAAAAGGGGUUUUAUUUCAGAUAAAGACUGAUUAGUCUUUGAAAUAAAUCGCAGUUGUCAUUAAAACUGCAAUGUUGUAACUUUUUAUGAUGCAUCAAGAAAAGUCUGAAGUGGGAUUAUGAUUGAUAUUAAAAUUGAAGAAUAU